UGCGCCGGCGGCCGGCACAGCACCAGCCCUCCAGCCAGCUGCCACUCACUCCUCACCCCGAGCUAUGGACGCGGCGGCCGCUUCGCAGUGGGCGGCGCAGGCUGGCAGCGCGUGCCCCGUGGGCGGCGGCGCCGGGGCGCUGUUCGCGCAGCUGUUGGCCACCCUGGUGCACGCACAGUGCGCGCUCGCCGACCGCAGCGCCUACCCGCCGGACACGACGCGCCCGCUGCCCGAGUACGACUUCGUGGUGGUCGGCGCCGGGUCUGCGGGGGCGGCGGUGGCCGCCCGCCUCUCGGAGAACCCCGACUGGACGGUGCUGCUGCUCGAGGCCGGCGGCGACCCGCCGCCCACCUCAGACGUGCCCGGACUCUUCCCUCUGCUGCAGAAGACCGAGGCAGACUGGGCCUACCUGACGGAGCCGGACGGCGUGUCGUGCCUGGCGCUGCAGGGCGGCCGCUGCUCGUGGCCGCGCGGCAAGGUGCUGGGCGGCUCGAGCGUGCUCAACGCCAUGGUCUACAUCCGGGGCAGCCCGCAGGACUACGACAGCUGGGCCGCGCUCGGCAACGACGGCUGGGCCUACCGGGACGUGCUCCCGUUCUUCAAGAAGCUCGAGGACUUCGACGAGAAGGAACUGAAGAAGAGGCCGCACACCGAGUCCGUCCACAGCCGCGGCGGCCCGAUAUUCGCCACGAUGCCGGAAUUCGUCGAGCCCUACACGGAAUCCCUGGUAGAGGCUGCCCGGGAGCUCGGGUUUAAGAUAAUCGAGGACUACAGCGCCGAGCCGAACUUGGGGUUCGGCCGGGUGCACUGCAACAUCAAGAACGGCACCAGAUGGAGCACCGCCCGAGGGUACCUGGCGCCGGCCAGGGACAGGAAGAACCUGCACGUCGCCAAGUUCGCCUACGUCACCAAAGUACUCGUCGACCCGGAGACGCGGACGGCUUACGGCGUUCGGUACGUAAAAGACGGCGAGGUAAAAGAAGUCGGAGUCAAGAAGGAGGUAAUCGUAUCGGCGGGAGCUGUCGACACGCCCCACAUACUGAUGCACUCCGGAAUCGGGCCGAAAGAUCAUCUGGAGGAGUUCGGAAUACGUGUAAUAAAGGAUCUGAAGGUCGGAUACAACCUGCAGGACCACCUGAUGUACACCGGGUUGUACUACACGAGAAAGCCGCCGACGAAGACGUCGGCCGAAGAGGACGCUUUCCAGUACCUGCUCAACAGGACGGGCCCGUUGUCGACCACCAGAGUCAGCUCCUUCACCGGAUUCCUCCGGACGGACGAGGCGCCCCCCAACCUGGUGGGUCUCCCGGAGGUGGACUCGCCUACCUACCCGGACAUGCAGAUGCACUACAUCUACGUGGAGAAGGAGCUGGCGGGCGUGCUGGCGCACGUCUACAACUUCGGCGAGGACGCGGCGGCGGCGCUGGCGCGGCUGACGGAGCGCGACGACGCCCUGCUGGUCAUCCCGACGCUGCUGGCGCCGACGAGCCGCGGCCGCGUGCGGCUGGCGGGCGGCGACCCGCUGCUGCGCCCCCUCGUCGACGCCGCCUACUACCGGGACCCGCGCGACCUCGACAACCACGUGGCCGGCGUGGCAUUCGCGCACCGCAUGGGGGCGACGCGCGCGCUGCGCGACGCGGGCUUCGCGGUGCGCGACCUGCCGCUGGCGGCGUGCGCAGACCGCCGGCCCGCCACCGACGACUACUGGCGGUGCGCGCUGCCGCAGCUCACCUCCACCCUCUACCACCCGGUGGGCACCGCCAAGAUGGGGCCCGCCGCCGACCCCGACGCCGUCGUCGACCCGCGGCUGCGCGUGCACGGCGUGCGCGGCCUGCGCGUCGCCGACGCCUCCGUCAUGCCGCUGAUCGUGCGCUGCAACACCAACGUGCCGUCCGUCAUGAUCGGCGAGAAGUGCGCCCACAUGGUGGCCGAGGACUGGCGGCGGCGCGAGGCCGGGGGCGGCGCUCGCCCGCCCAAGCAGGAGCUGUGAGGGCGCGGCUCCCGUCCGCCCGCUCAGCGGAGAUCACCGCUGUCGGGCAGUGUCGCCCAUCUUCGGGCCCCAUUCGUAGUGGCACUGUAGCCGGUCUCACGAGAAAACUACGUUUCGUAUGUACAGGAUCCAGUUUGCUCGAAUAGCUCAGUGCGUCAGCCUGAUCGUAGUUUUUAGUCGGUUUUGCACCUUCCAUUAGGCAAUUCUUGAACUCAUCCCAAAUUUGCGCCUUACAAAAUUCGAUACACGGAGAAUUAACAACAAUAAAUUCGUUUGGCUCAAUGGGCUGGAGCAAGUCUUUCAGUUCGAUGCCACGUGUCCCUAACCUAACCCACUUACCCGACACGUUUUCCUCGCUGUUUAACGUGGAUUCUCAACUGUGUGUCGGUUGUGGAGACUCCUCAAAUCGCUGGGAGGUAAAGGCAAACUGAAACUUGCUGUUGUCCUACCGGCAUUCGAUUCCGCAAUUUCUCGGUUGCCAGGCGUGCUAUACCGCAGGCCCGGCGCCGAAACCGUUAUAAUACGUAACACACAUUUCAUUGCUAACUCGGUCCUCAAACGGAUGGAGCAUACAACUUCUCUCCCUUAAACUAACUGAGCACUGUGGCGUCUAAACAGUAGAUCCUGUACAGUGGGACAAACACCAGCACAAAGAGAGACACUGACAUACGUAUAUCAAUGUGAAACUGACAUUUUUUGUGUAAGACGGUCUCUGUGUAACCACGAGUAUGAUGGUCGUCAGUGCCGGAAACUGGCAGUCGUGAAAUAAUAGACAGCAUUUGCACAAAAGUGUUCUUUUUUUUUUUUUUUUUUGCCUUCGCUCGGACCCUAUAGGCGACCACGGUUUUUCUAUCACUGCAACAAAUUUCAUGAUAAACAGUGAUUGAUACACUCAGUAUGUGCCUCCCAGUUGUUAACAAACGCUAGGCCUUCUUAUAUUCUCCAUGUUGUGCGUCUUUGGAUAUCUUAAAAAAAGGAUAAUUAUGUAUCACCGACAACUGCUGAUGAAAUAAGCAUUUGUGUGUAUUGUUUAUUGUCUACUGAACCGGGGACCUAGAAACGACGGAGAGACUUCGUCUCGUCGUAGCCCUCAGUGGUUCACAACCCCACACCGAACCCAGGGUUAAUGUGCGGUUCGGCCCCCAGACGAGUGUAACCCCUAAUGUUUGCGUGGUAGAGUAAUUACGCUGUACGCGUAUGUGGAGACAGUGUUUGCGCAGCAUUUACUAGAAACUUAUUUAGAUUUGUGUCGAAAAUGAUGGUAGUUCUCACACUAGUACCCAGCCUGUAUGUGUGAAGAAAAUCGUGAACAUAACUGUUGUCGGAUUUUUUGCUUAACUAUCGACAGUUAGAAGCUCUUUUCAUAUUUUGUUUUUACGUCGACUUGUAAAUAGAAAUCUGCUAUCCUGUUCCUCAGUGUGCCACGUGGCAGCAGGGAACAGCUCUCCGCAGCCCAGCACUGAACACAUAAAUGCUAAGAUUUUUCACAUACAUCACAAUUUCAGACUUAUAUUUCACUUUUCACAGGACUGUCUGUAGAUCUGAAACUACCUGGCACAUUAAAACGGUAUGCUGGACCGACACUCGAACUUGAGACCUUCGCCUUUCGUCACAGGCAUGUGCUCUAUCGACUUACAACUCACGACCACCGCUUCACUUUACUUCCGACAGCAACGUUCGUGAAAGCAGGAAGCUAGGGUAAUGUUCGUGAAGGCAGGAAGACAGGG